AUGCCUGCUGUCAAGGUGACCACCCUGGUGAACACCAGCAACAAAGGGCCCAGCAGUAAGAAGAAGGGGCGCUCCAAGAAGGCGCACGUGCUGGCCCUGUCCGUGGAGCAGGCCACGCAGAACUUCCUGGAGAAGGGCGAGCAGAUCGCUAAGAACAGCCACGAUCUCAAGGASGAGCUCAUCCUCGCCGUGGAGGACGUCCGCAAGCAAGGUGACUCAAUGCGCGUGGCCUCCCAGGAGUUUGCUGACGACCCCUGCUCCUCAGUGAAGCGCGGCACCAUGGUGAGGGCUGCCCGCGCCCUGCUCUCCGCCGUCACCCGCCUGCUCAUCCUCGCCGACAUGGCCGACGUCAUGAGGCCUAAGGUAUCCCAGCAUGCCCUGCUCUAA